CUUUUGUUUCAUUUUCUGCUCUCUCUCUCUCUCUCUCUCUCUCCCCUCAGUGAAGUGAUGAUUUACGGCACCAUCCAUCGUUAGAUUUACAAAUACCCUUCCGUUCCUCCCAGCGAAGUACAAUCUGGUGCACGCCGUGAUGGCUCAUCAGCAGCCGUACGAUCCCUAUUAUCUCCCCCAACAAGCGGCUGAGUACGGCGGUAAGGACCGAAGCGGCAUCAACACUCUCUUCGUCUCCGGCCUCCCCGACGACGUUAAAGCCCGCGAGAUCCACAACCUCUUUCGCCGCCGUCCCGGCUUCGAUUCUUGCCAGCUCAAGUACACCGGUCGCGGCACUCAGGUUAUUGCAUUUGCGACCUUUGUUAAUAAUCAAUCAGCAAUGGCAGCUCUUCAUGCAUUAAAUGGUGUAAAAUUUGACCCACAAGCUAGUUACGUUCUGCAUAUUGAACUGGCCAGAUCAAACUCAAGGAGAAAACGCAAGCCAGGAAGUGGAGCGUAUGUUGUUAUUGAUAAAAGAACUAAUGGUGCAGCUGAUACCCAAGAAACAUCAAGUGAUGACGGAGAUAGUGAAUCUGAUGAACCGUCCGGGAAUGAAGAACCCGAUUCUGGUGACAAGGGUGAUUCAGAGAUCGCAAAGAGUGGCGAGACAGAGAUUAAUCCCGAAAAUGCUGUAGUUGCCGAAAAUAAUCAGACAGAAAAAGCGGUUGAUGGUGUCUCAGCAUGUUCCACUUUGUUUAUUGCAAAUCUAGGUCCUACUUGCACCGAAGAUGAACUGAAGCAAGUUCUAUCUCAAUAUCCCGGCUUUAACUUGCUCAAGGUGCGUGCUAGGGGUGGAAUGCCUGUUGCAUUUGCUGAUUUUGAGGACAUUGAACAAGCAAAUCAGGCUAUGAAUGCUCUUCAGGCAAGCACAUUACCAUCGUCAGACCGUGGUGGCAUGCACAUAGAGUAUGCAAGGUCUAAGAUGAGGAAAUCUUAGAAGAAAGCUGAAAGAGCAAGGAACAGUUAGAAGAGUUUCCACCUUACCUAUCAAAGGACACUAAAUUAGGGUUUUUAUUUAUUUUUUUUUGUCUUCAUUGAGUACAUCUGUGCAUGUAUGGUGAUGUGUUGCCAUGACAAAGAACCCAUGGGGACUUUGCCAAACUCUAUGAACUACUGAAAAAACUACAAAUUUAAGUGGUUCAUUCAGUGCAGUUAAUAAUGCAUAAUUUGGUUAGCACUUCAAUAUUAAA